AUAAGAUUGGUGUUUAUAUUCAGAACCUAAAGAGUGAUAUCGAAUCCGCGAAUAAACGUUUCGUUCGUAAGUGAGACAGGUUCAGUAGCAUCUUUCUUCGGAUACAUCAACUGUCAGGGUUGUGCGAUCAGUUAUUCUUCGCCAUCGCCGCCGCCGUCUUCGGUACCUACAUACCUAUACCUACCAUACACAACAGCAACAGACAACACAUCACAACCUUACCACCAUCAUUCCUCUUCUCGGUCUAGCAAACCUAACAUAUGCAUACACAUGUUGUCUUCUGGCUAUAUCGAUAUCUUCGCGAAUGUUAGGCAAUAAUAUUAUACAAAUCGAACUUCGAGAGUGAAAGUAUUUUAUCAUUUUUUUUCAUUUUAAAUUUUCGUAAUUUUGUGAUAAUAUUGCAUAGUUGUGCACUUUUUGGGUAAACUCGCCCAAUAUGUAUUCUUAUUCGAUUAAUGCCCAAAGAUCGAUAUUUUUUAUCGUUGUGUGCCUUUUUUCAUCGAUUAAUGCCGGUCUUGCGAAAUCACGUACCUACUUAUCGACGUGUAAACAAUCUGACCCACAGUUUAAUGAAUGCGUGAAAAAUGAAGCCUCAGCGGCGGGAGUAUACCUAGCCAAAGGUGUGCCCGAGCUGAAUAUACCCGCCAUCGAACCGUUGAUCAUUCCAAAAAUUAGUCUAGAACAAGGAACCCAAGCUAUUAAUUAUAAAGCAACGUUGACGAAUUUGAAAAUUCACGGUCUCAGCAGUUACAGGAUCGACGAUUUAUUUAUUAACAUGGAAACCAAGAAAUUGGAUGCCAAAAUCACUUUCCCAGUUCUAUACCUGGAAUCAGAUUACGAUAUCAAAGGCAGAGCGUUAGUUGUACCGAUUCAAGGAACUGGGCCAUUUACUGCUAAUUUGACUGACGUGAAAGCCGAUGCACAUAUGAAAGGUAAACUAUUCAAGAGGAAAGGUUUAGAAUACGUCGAAGUUAAAGACACAGCUGUCAAAUUAACGGUGAAAGGUGCAUUCGCGCAUUUCGGAAACUUAUUCAAUGGUGAUCCUACCCUAAGUCGUGCUACGAACGAGUUCCUAAAUCAGAAUUCUAAAGAUAUUAUCGACGAAGUCAUGCCUGCUAUCGAAGAAGUAACCAGUACGCUUUUAGAUGACAUAUGCAAUAAAGCUUUCAAAGCCACACCGUGGGAUAAACUGACGCCAAAAUGAUUUUGAAGUUGUAUAUAUUGAAAAUGCUGCACUCUGUGUGACGAGUGAAACGACUACACAUGAAAAAAAUCACACCGAUGUAUAAAAAAUAAGAACUUUAUAAGAAAAAAUUAUUCAUAGCUUAAAAUAAACGGAAAUAUCAGUUUAAUAAGCUCGUAUUAGGCAUUUAAAGUGGUGUGAAGUACUUGGAUUUUUUUAUUAUUUCCGAUGACAACUUACGUGAGCUUUUUUUUUCGUGUGCAAAAGAUUUAUUUUCAUACUUUAAAAUGCUAACCAUCUGUGAUAGAUAAAACUUACGGGAACGAAUUCCGGUUUAACGAAAGUUGAAAACAUGUUGUAAAUAUUGCAAAAUGUACGAGUAACUUAAUAUUUCAUUUAUAAUAAAUGUAUUUUUACGUUUAA